AUUUCUCUCAGCUUUAUUUCUGUGCUUCACAAUUUUUCAAUUUUCGUAUUGGUGCUUGGAACAGAUCUUCCUUUGGAAUAGUUUGGUUGACUUGAAUAAACCAAGCUAAAGCCAAAUAUCGAACCUCAUAAUUUCCUCUCUGAUUUCUAUUCCUGGAUUUGUUGUUUUGUUUUCUGGCUUCAUCACUUGCUAAUUUGGUUCCUUUCUUUCGUUUUCUACAUCGACUGUUUUUAAAUCUUUCCCUUUGUUUUUGGCCUUUCUAAUGGUUCGGAGCACCCUUUGGAAUUGCAUUUGUCCUGUUUCUGGCAUUUAAUUUUCGGUAUUUAUUCAUCUGGGUCCUAUUGCCAGCAAAACAAAGGAGGGAAGAUCACAACACCAGAAAAAAUAUUAAUUAUGAUAUUAAGUCAAAUAAAUAUUAAAAAAAAACCUUAAUUUGAAGCUGCAGCUGAAGGACUGUGAAGAUGUUGGAGAAAGUUGAAGAAUUUAACACGGAGAGGAUGAUGGAGGAAUUUGAGAGGGUGACAAAGGAUGCUGAGAGGAUUCAAAGGGAAACCCUGAAGAGGAUUUUGGAAGAUAAUGCUUCUGCUGAGUACUUGCUGAAUUUGGGCUUGAAUGGGAGGACGGAUCCUGAGAGUUUCAAGGCCUUUGUUCCACUUGUUACUCAUAAAGAUUUGGAGCCUUAUAUCAAUAGAAUAAUUGAUGGUGAUUUUUCUUCUGUUCUCACUGGCAAACCCAUCACAACCAUGUCUUUGAGUUCUGGCACUACUCAGGGAAAGCCAAAAUAUGUACCAUGGAAUGAUGAAUUGUUUGACACCACAUUGCAGAUAUAUCACACCUCUUUUGCCUUCAGAAACAGGGUAUUUCCCAUAAACAAUGGCAAGGCCUUGGGCUUUAUCUACAGCAGCAAGCAGUUCAAAACCAAAGGGGGUGUGCUAGCAGGAACUGCCACAACCAAUGUGUUCCGUAACCCGGGGUUCCAGCAUGCGAUGAAGGCGAUUCAGUCCCCACUUUGCAGCCCUGAUGAAGUCAUAUUUGGUCCUGAUUUUCACCAAUCCUUGUACUGCCACCUCUUGUGUGGCCUAAUCUUCAGGGAAGAAGUUCAGUUGGUGUCUUCCAUAUUUGCACACAGCAUUGUCUAUGCUUUUAGGACCUUUGAGCAAGUUUGGGAGGAGCUUUGUGUUGAUAUCAAGGAAGGUGUCCUUAACAGCAAGGUCACAGUGCCCUCCAUUAGGGAAGCCAUGUCUAAGCUCCUAAAACCUGACCCUGAGCUGGCCAACUUGAUCCACAACAAGUGCAUGGGGCUUAGCAACUGGUAUGGCCUAAUACCAGAGCUUUUCCCCAAUGUUAAGUAUGUUCAUGGGAUCAUGACUGGGUCAAUGGAACCUUAUUUGAGAAAGUUGAGGCAUUAUGCUGGAGAGUUGCCUUUGUUGACUUCUGACUAUGGAUCUUCUGAAGGGUGGAUAGGAACAAAUGUGAAACCAACAGUACCACCUGAAUUGGCCACCUACACUGUGCUUCCUCAAAUUGGCUACUUUGAAUUCAUCCCUUUGAGAGAGCUAGAGGAAAUUAAGGGAGAUGCUAGUUUCCUUUGUAUGGAGCCUAAGCCUGUGGGGCUCACUGAGGUGAAAGUUGGUGAGGAGUAUGAGAUUGUCAUCACUAAUCCAGCAGGCUUGUACCGGUACCGACUUGGUGAUGUGGUUAAGGUUAUGGGGUUCCAUAAUUCAGCUCCAGAAAUAAAGUUCGUUCGGCGUAGCAAUCUUCUGCUUAGCAUCAACAUAGACAAGAACACAGAGAAAGAUCUUCAAUUGGCUGUGGAAUCAGCAUCACAAUUGUUGGCAGAGGAGAAAUUGGAAGUAGUUGACUACACUAGCCACAUAGAUUUAUCCAAAGAGCCAGGGCACUAUGUAAUCUUCUGGGAAAUAAGUGGUGAAGCAAGUGAAGAAGUGCUUGGUGGAUGCUGCAACUGUUUGGACAAGUCUUUUGUUGAUGCUGGCUACACAAGCUCACGCAAAGUCAACUGCAUAGGUGCCCUCGAACUCCGAGUUGUUCGGAGAGGAACAUUCCAGAAGAUACUUGAGCAUUCCCUUGCACUAGGAGCUGCUGUGAGCCAGUUCAAGACAUCAAGAUGUGUAGGCCCUACAAACACCAAAGUGUUGCAAAUAUUGAAUGAAAAUGUUGUCAAGAACUAUCUCAGUACUGCCUUCAAUUGAGUUGUAAGAAUAGCUAUAUCUAUCUAUCUAUCUAUAUAUAGAUAUAUUUAUAUAGUUCCCUUUCUCAAUUGAAUAAAAACUUUGCCUUGUUUUUCUACUUUUCA